UAGAAGUACUCUUUGACGUGAGAGUGUACGCAAAUGUUAUAAGUUUAAGUGCAACAGCCACAAGUAUUUACCCACAUAACCCACUUGUAAAAACAUGAAGAUAACCUUUGGGUUUUUGUUCCUUGUGGCGGCUUUAAAAACCUCGAACCAGCAGUGUUUAUCGGAGAAUGAUAACAAACGUAUUAAUCCGGGUGGAAGGCAUGGACUCUACACGGGACAACAGAGUUUUUCCUUGGCGCUGCUUCAAUCCAUCAACCAGUUGAUGCCCAACGAGAAUCUGUUUUUUUCGCCUUAUUCCACGUACCACGCCCUUUUGAUAGCGUAUUUCCUAGCUGGGGGACAAACCGAGAGUUACCUCAAGAGAAUACUCAGGCUUGAUACCUCUCAGACCAAACCCGAUUUCUACCAAGCGUAUAAACUAGAUAAGUUACAAACCAGGAUUGACAAAAUCAACAGCUCUUACGAGUUUACUAACGCGAAUAAGAUCUACGUCGCAGAGGACGUCGUCGUGAGGGACUGCAUCCCGUCACUCUUCGGAGAAGAGUUAUCAAAAGCCCCGUUUAAGAGUGACCCUCAGAAUGCCAGACUCACCAUCAACAAGUGGGUCGAAGAUCAAACCCAUAACAUGAUCCAGAAUUUAUUACCACCGGGAAGUAUAGACCAGUCGAGCACCUUGGUGUUGGUAAACGCGGCCUAUUUCAAAGGCAAGUGGGAGAAUAAGUUCAACCCAGAUGAGACCAAACCGGAGAUCUUCUACGUCAGCUCGUCUAAACAAAUCAUGGUGGAUAUGAUGCACGUGGAGGGUACUUUCAACCAUGAUGUGUCCGAAAGCCUUGAGGCCCACAUUCUCGAAAUGCCCUACAAGGGUGACCAAAUCAGCAUGUACGUGUUCCUGCCGCCCUUCACCAAAGAAGGCGCUAUUGACAACACCCUGAAGAAGCUCACCGUCGAUAAAUUCCAAAACAUCGUCAACAGCAACCGCUUGACGGCGAAAACCGUCCAGGUCUCCUUCCCCAAGUUCGCCCUCGAGCACACCAUCGAACUCGUCCCGAUUUUAGAAAAUAUGGGGAUUGGAGAUCUGUUCCAAGAGACGUCCAAUCUGACGACGCUCACCGAAGAUAAGGUUAGUUUAGGGAACGCGCUGCAUAAGGCGAGGAUCGAGGUCAACGAGGAGGGGACGAGGGCCGCCGCCUCCACGGUUUUGUUUAGUUUUAGGUCGAGUCGGCCGAUUGAACCGGCUCAGUUCCAUUGCGAUCAUCCGUUCAUCUAUGUCAUCUAUGAUAAGGCUGAGCAGGCCGUGUUGUUCACUGGAGUGUUCAGGAGGCCACACUAAGAGACUUUGUUUUUUUUUAUUAUUAUUAUUUUGUUUGUGAUUGUUAUUAUUUAUUGACCAAGCACUGCUAUCAAGUAUUCUUUUAAGUUCACGUAUUUUACUACUACUUAUGUCGAUAAUAAAGUAUUUUAUUGCCAUUUAUAA